AUGGCGAACAACCAUUUCGCGGACCCAGACGCCGAGCUUACGCCGCUGCUUGCCGCCAGACCUCCGCCGCCCGCAUCUUUCACGUCAGACAUCCCGAACAGGCGGAUAUGGUUUGAGGAGUUCUUCGCAGCCGCGCUUCGCGAGGUGCAAGCUCCAAGUCUGCCAACUGACGGGGGGACGUUUGUUGUCAGAAGCUACUACCCUACCGGCUACGAGACCGGCGGCUUUCCUCUUUUCUUUUGGAUGCACGGCGGAGGUUUCAUAUACGGAUCGGUUGAGACCGACGACUACCUCUGUCGCAUUCUCUGCGACGAAUUCAAACUCGCAGUGCUCAACGUCGACUACCGGCCGUGCCCAGAGCAUCCCUUCCCAGGACCAUGGGACGACUCGUACGCCGCACUCAAAUGGGCAGUUGCGAACGCCCCUUCCCUCCACUUCGACCUCCAGCGAGGCAUCAUCAUCGCGGGGCUCUCCGCAGGCAGCAUCCUCACCGCGGCGCUGACGCAUCGCGCCCGCGGGGACGCCUUUUUCGCCGAGCACGGGACCAGGAUCGUCGGGCAGCUGAUGCAGGCCCCGACGCUGUGCCACCCGGACAGCAUACCAGAAGAAUACAAGGAGGUCUGCACGUCGUUCGCGCAGAACGCGGACGCGCCGCUGCUGUCGAUGCGCCAGGUGGAAGAGUACCGAGUAUGCCAGAAGGGGCAGCCGUUCGACCCGGACUACUCGCCGCUGCUCCAUCCGUCGUUCGAAGGCCUGCCGGCGGCGUACAUGCAGGUGUGCGGGAUGGACCCGUUCCGCGACACGGCGCUGGUCUACGCGGAUCGGCUGCGCGCGGCGGGGGUUCCGGUCAAGGUGGAGGUGUACAGGGGAGCGCCGCACGCGUUCCACUACGCGUACCCGAAGCCGCGGCUGGGGCAGAAGUUCGACAAGGACAUGAGAGAGGGCCUGAAGUGGCUGCUUGAGAGAGCGAGGGCACAUUGA